AUGGUUUCCCUCAAGUCGUUCCGCUCCCCCGCCGUGGUGCCUCACGAGCGCACCCCCGCUGAGAAAAGCCUUGUCCGGCGGCUGGACAUGUUCCUGUUGACAUUUGGUUGCAUUUCCCAAGUCAUCAAAUAUCUUGACCAGAGCAACAUCAGCAAUGCCUACGUCUCUGGAAUGAAGGAAGACCUCAACAUCCACGGCAACGAGCUCAACUACUUUACGACCUACUUUAACAUUGCAUACUGCAUCAUGCUCAUCCCGUCGCAGAUCAUCCUGACAUAUGUGCGCCCCAGCUUGUGGCUUCCUGGCCUGGAGCUGCUGUGGGGCAUGAUGACCGGCCUUAUUGCGAUGGCGAACCAUCCCAAGCAGGUCUAUGCCCUGCGGUUCUUUCUCGGACUCUGUGAGAGUAGCGCCUGGCCUGGGAUGAUAACACUCUUCAUGCAUUGGUACACUCCAACAGAACUUGCCAAAAGGAUGGGAUUUUAUCAGUCAUGUCAAGCCCUAGGCAGCAUGAUGAGUGGUGCGCUGCAGGUUGCCAUCAUCAACACUAUGGAGGGACACACUUCUUUGGCUGGAUGGCGUUGGCUAUUCGUGAUCAAUGCCAUCAUCACUGUCGUCUGGGGCUUCGCCGGGUUUUUCAUGAUUCCAGACCUUCCAAAUAAACCGAAUCCUUGGGCAAUCUGGUUCACAGAGUCUCACGCUCAGAUGGCCAUGGAGAGACUCAAGCGCCACAACCGUGCUGAGCCCAAAAGAAUGAGCUGGGCAGGAGUCAAGCGCACCUUUUCCUCGUGGGUGGUGUACUUUAUCGCUGUCAUGUACAUUGCAACGGUCCUCGGGUCUUACGGCUAUGUAUACUUUGCAUUGUUCCUCAAAUCCAUUAAGAAUGCAGACGGCACUCGGCGCUGGAGCGUGUCUCAGGUCAAUUCGAUCCCCAUUGGCGGCGGGGCCAUCCAAGUCGUCUUCGUAUGGAUAUGGGCAAUUCUCUCAGAUCUCCUCACCACACGGUGGACACUCAUCGUCACUCAAGGCCUCAUUGGAAUUAUCCCGUGUAUCAUCAUGAGCAUCUGGACAUCUCACCCCACUUCCGUACCUAUUUCCGCGGCAUAUGCUAGCUACUUCAUCUGCUAUCUCACCCUGGGGACGGCGCCGCUGAUCUUCUCCUGGCUGUCAGAUUUAAUUCCGCAAGAUCCCGAAGCACGUUCAUUGAUUGUGGGAGUCGCUGUCGCCGGUCUCUAUGCCUUCACUGCCUGGAGUCAAGUUCUCACAUGGCCAGCGAGCCAGGCACCACACUAUCACUAUGGGUGGCAAUCCGCUCUCGCACUCUGGGUGUUGGCCAUGAUCAUGACGUGCAUCCUGCGCUACAUUGAUGUCCGGAUUCUAAGGCCUCAACGCCUUGCUUUUGCUGCCGCGCACUUGGACGGGGAGGAGGUCGACAACGGUAUAGACAGCAAGCUCUCUGCAGGAGUGAAAAUUCCCGACGCAAAAGCUGCUGAGUUAUAA